AUGGGUAUACGUCAUGGAAAACAAACAAAUUUAAAUACAAUUCAUUAUGAAUCUCUUUUAGCAAUAGAUAAAUAUCAACAAAUUCCAAUAGUUUCACUUGAACAAGCUGUUAAACCAUUAAUGACUAUUUUACCAACCAUACAAACUUAUGUUCAAAUGGUUAAACAAAAAUGCCUUCAUCCAUCUGAUGGAUUAACAAUUGAUGAAUCAGCUUCUAUUAUGCUUUAUUCAAUAAUAUGGCAACCAUAUGAUCAAUGUCUUUAUAUACUUUUAAAUUCAACUUUACCAAAAUUAAAUGAAUAUCAUUUACGACCAUGGUUUCUUUAUUUAAAACUUUUAUUUACUGCGCUUAUACAUUUACCAUCGAAUCAUUUAACUGUUUAUCGUGGUAGUAAAUCAGAUUUAAGUAAACAAUAUCAACUAAAUGAUAUUAUACUUUGGGGAGAUUUACCAUUAUGUACAACAUCAAUAGAAUAUUUACAAUCAGAUAAAUGUUUAGGAAAUAUUGGUAUCCGAACAAUAUUUCGAAUUGAAUGUCGUACAGUUAAAAAUAUCUAUAGACAUUGUUAUUUUCAAUUAAAUAAUUUUGUUUUAUUUUUACCAGCUACAAAAUUUAAAGUUAUUGAAUAUAAUCAUCAAAAUCAUGAUAAUUUACAUGUAAUUACACUUCAAGAAAUUGAAUCAUCAUUUCUUUUACAUUCCGUUAAUCAAAUGAAAUUAAAUUUAAAUACACAAAUAAUAUCAUUAAAUAUAUUUCGAAGAUUUCUAUUACCAUUUAAAAAACCAGGAAAUCCAACAUCAAUAGCUAAUGAUAAUUAUCGUAAUACAUCACUUGAACAUCGUAUUAGUGAAUAUGAAAAUUCUUGGACCGUAGAUUUAGACAGACAAAAUUUAACUGAUCGAGAUAUGAAUAUUGUUGUUAAAUAUGCCAUUAUUAAAAAUCGUUGUAAACGUGUUCGUUUACGUGAUAAUUAUAUAACAUGUCAAGGUAGUUCAAUAUUAUCUGAAGGUUUAUAUAAUAAUACAACACUGGAAUCAUUAGAUCUUCGUAAUAAUCAAAUUUCGGAUUUAGGUGUACAAUAUUUAUCAUCAUCAAUUAUAUAUGCAAAUAUCAAAACACUUAAUUUAGAAUCAAAUGAAAUUACAGCUGAAGGUGCACAAUAUUUAGCACAAAUGCUUAAAGAUAAUCGAACAAUAACAGAAAUAUAUUUAUCAAAAAAUCAUUUAGGUGAUCAAGGAAUUGAAUUAAUAGCAAAUGCAUUGAGUAAUGAUGUUCUUAAUUUAUCAGGACAACCAAAUAAAGUAUUAUGUGUGAAUAAUCCAUCGACACUUCAACAUCUAUAUAUUGGUCAAAAUGAGAUAACAGAUGAAGGUUUAAAACAUCUUUCAAAUAUGCUUAAAACUAAUCGAACAUUAACAUGGUUAUGGUUAGCGGGUAAUGAAAUAAGUAAUCAAGGAGUUGAAGUUUUAUCGAAUAUACUUGCGGAUUAUAAUAUAAGUAUUGAAUGGUUAUUUCUUAAUUCAAACAAAUUAAUAACGGAUGCAAGUAUUGAUGCACUACUUAAUAUGCUUAAACGAAAUAAUACAUUAAAAACACUUUAUAUAAAUAAUUGUAAUUUAUCGGAUAUUACAAAACGAAAACUUCUAAAAAUGAUGAAAACAAAAAAAGAUUUCGAUUUAGAAGUAUAA